AUGACAACGAAUAGAUAUAACCGAGCUUCCUCCGUAGGCACUACUUCGACUACAAGUACCACAUCAACUACUACUACAACGUCGACGACAACAAUAACAACAUCCAGCACCAGCUCUACUUCGACUACUAGCACUACUUCUGAGACAACUACAACAACAUCCAGCACAAGCUCUACUUCAACUACCAGCACUACUUCGGAAACGACAACAACAACAUCCAGCACCAGCUCUACUUCAACUACCAGCACUACUUCUGAGACAACUACAACAACAUCAACUAGCACUAGUUCGACUACCAGUACAACGUCGGAAACGACAACAACAACAUCAACUAGCACUAGUUCGACUACCAGUACAACGUCAGAAACAACAACAACAACAUC